AUGCAGCAGGGGACUAGGAACCAUGCCCCAAAUGAUUUAAGCUUAGGGGUUCAACAAACUAAUCGUGGCUCGACUUCAACAUUUGAUGCUUUGGAUGCGAUAAAGGUUCUGGUAGACGACAUCGAUUGUAGAUAUGAAAAUUUUCCUGUUCCUAUGAUGACAAAAGAAGUUGUUAACCUACAAAAGGUGGUUGGCACUUUAAUUCUAUGGCUCGGGAUUGAAAUUAUUCUCGCAAAGGAACAAAGAACUAAGAAACAAAUUCCAAGCACAAGUUUGGUGCCAACAAAUGUAAGGGUUGGUACAAACAAGAACAUACCCAACCAACCAGCCAGCAAGGCAAGGCCGAUUGAAUAUCUUCAUGAUUACUUGAAGACGAACCCAUUGGUUAACAUUGUAGCCAAUUCUGGGAUCUUGGAAGUCGGGACAUAUGAUUUUUCGGUUACAAGUGAAGAAUAUUUUCGAUAG